AUGUCCCAUCCUGGAAGCAUUCGAGAUGGUGUUUCUGUAGAGGGAAGAAAGACUUUACUGUGUGCAAAAAACUUGGUGAAAAAGGAUUUUUUCCGACUUCCUGAUCCAUUUGCUAAGGUUGUGGUGGACGGAUCUGGCCAAUGCCAUUCUACAGAUACUGUGAAGAAUACACUUGAUCCAAAAUGGAAUCAGCAUUAUGACCUAUAUAUUGGGAAGUCGGAUUCAAUAACAAUCAGUGUGUGGAAUCACAAGAAAAUUCAUAAAAAGCAGGGAGCUGGUUUUCUGGGUUGUGUGAGACUUCUUUCAAACGCAAUCAACCGCCUCAAAGACACUGGUUAUCAGAGACUGGAUCUGUGCAAGCUUGGGCCAAAUGACAAUGAUACUGUUAGAGGACAGAUAGUAGUAAGUCUUCAGUCCAGAGACCGAAUAGGCACAGGAGGACAAGUUGUGGAUUGCAGUCGGUUAUUUGAUAAUGAUUUACCAGAUGGGUGGGAGGAGCGGAGGACUGCUUCUGGAAGGAUCCAGUAUUUAAAUCAUAUUACACGAACAACUCAGUGGGAGCGACCCACACGGCCAGCAUCUGAAUAUUCCAGCCCUGGCAGGCCGCUGAGCUGUUUUGUGGACGAGAACACUCCAAUUACAGGAACGAAUGGUGCAACUUGUGGGCAGUCGUCGGAUCCCCGGCUGGCAGAGAGGAGAGUCAGGUCACAGAGGCACAGAAAUUACAUGAGCAGGACACACUUGCACACUCCUCCCGAUUUACCUGAAGGAUAUGAGCAAAGGACAACUCAGCAAGGUCAGGUCUAUUUUCUGCAUACUCAGACUGGUGUUAGCACGUGGCACGAUCCAAGAGUACCUAGGGAUCUUAGCAACAUCAAUUGUGAAGAGCUUGGUCCACUGCCUCCUGGAUGGGAGAUCCGAAAUACAGCAACAGGCAGAGUUUAUUUUGUUGACCAUAACAACAGGACAACGCAGUUUACAGAUCCACGGCUAUCUGCUAACUUGCAUUUAGUCUUAAACCGCCAGAAUCAACUUAAAGAUCAGCAACACCAGCAGCAGCAGCAGGUAGUGUCCCUGUGUCAGCUUCCAGAUGAGGCAGAGUGCCUGACUGUGCCAAGGUACAAGCGAGACCUAGUGCAGAAACUCAAGAUCCUGAGGCAAGAGCUGUCACAGCAGCAACCUCAAGCUGGCCAUUGUCGUAUUGAGGUCUCCAGGGAAGAGAUUUUUGAGGAAUCCUACAGGCAAGUCAUGAAGAUGAGGCCAAAAGACCUGUGGAAACGAUUAAUGAUAAAAUUUCGUGGGGAGGAAGGCCUUGAUUAUGGAGGUGUUGCCAGGGAGUGGCUCUACCUACUGUCUCAUGAAAUGUUGAAUCCAUAUUAUGGUCUCUUCCAAUAUUCCCGAGAUGAUAUCUAUACAUUGCAGAUCAACCCAGACUCUGCAGUCAACCCGGAACACUUAUCGUAUUUCCAUUUUGUUGGACGGAUAAUGGGGAUGGCUGUGUUUCAUGGACACUAUAUUGAUGGGGGCUUCACAUUGCCUUUCUAUAAGCAGUUGCUAGGGAAGCCAAUUACUUUGGAUGAUAUGGAAUUGGUUGACCCUGAUCUUCAUAACAGCUUAGUCUGGAUACUUGAGAAUGAUAUCACAGGAGUCUUGGACCAUACGUUUUGUGUAGAACACAAUGCAUACGGGGAAAUUAUUCAACAUGAACUGAAACCCAAUGGCAAAAGCAUCCCUGUGACAGAGGAAAACAAAAAGGAAUAUGUCAGACUUUAUGUAAACUGGCGAUUUUUACGAGGAAUUGAAGCUCAGUUUCUGGCUCUACAGAAGGGAUUUAAUGAAGUAAUCCCACAACAUCUGCUGAAGACAUUUGAUGAGAAAGAGUUAGAGCUCAUCAUUUGUGGACUGGGAAAAAUUGAUGUUAAUGACUGGAAGGCAAAUACUAGGUUAAAACACUGUACCCCGGACAGCAACAUCGUGAAAUGGUUCUGGAAAGCUGUGGAGUUUUUUGAUGAAGAGAGGAGGGCGAGACUUCUCCAGUUUGUGACUGGCUCAUCCAGAGUGCCUCUGCAGGGCUUCAAGGCAUUACAAGGUGCUGCAGGCCCACGACUAUUUACAAUACACCAGAUUGAUGCCAGCACUAAUAAUUUGCCGAAAGCUCAUACCUGCUUUAACCGAAUAGACAUUCCUCCUUACGAAAGCUAUGACAAGCUAUACGAGAAGCUGCUAACUGCCAUUGAAGAAACAUGUGGGUUUGCUGUGGAAUGA